AUGGAUUUUUUAUCAGUAACUGAAGUACAAUCAAAUUUUAAAAAGCCUUUGGCAUGCUCAUCAAAUGGCUAUAAAUUACUCAAAUUAAAAAACAAUAUUACAACAUUAUUAAUAUCUGAUCCAAAUAGUACAUCAACAUCAGCUUCAAUAUGUUGUGGUGCAGGUUCUUUUCAAGACCCAGCAAAUUUACCAGGAAUGGCUCAUUUUGUUGAACAUAUGUUAUUUAUGGGAACUUCUGAAUUUCCUUCACCAAAUGAUUUUUUAUCUACUUUAAUUUCAUUAGGUGGGAAAUCAAAUGCAUAUACUAUGGGAGAUUAUACUUGUUUUUAUUUUGAAGUUCCCUUGAAGAAUACUUCAAUAAGUGAUGAAUUUGGUUUAGAUUAUUUAAUGAAAAUUUUUAGUUCAUUUUUUAGAAGUCCCUUGUUUAAUGAAAAUUACAUGAAAUUGGAAAUUUAUAGUGUCGAUGAUGAACAUCAAGGAAAUUUAACUAAUGAUAAUAAGAUUUUGUAUCAUGGAAUGAGAAUAUUGGCGAAUAUAAAUCAUCCAUUUCAUAAUUUUGCAACGGGAACAAAAAAGACUUUAAAUUCCAAAAAAUGUAGAUCUGAAAUGAUUAGUUAUUUUGAUAAAAAUUUUGUUUCUGAAAAUAUGGUUCUAGUUUUAAAAAGUUCAUUAUCAUUAAAUCAAUUACAAAAAAUGGCAAUUGCAAAUUUUGGAAAAAUUGAGAAAACCAGGAAAUUGAAACGAAGUUCAUCAAUUAGAGUACAUAGACAUACAAGAUCAAAUUCUAGACUUUCUGAUUCAAGUUUGGCUUCAAAGGAUUACAAUUUUGAAAUUUAUCCAAAAGACUAUACACUGAAAAUUUUAUUCAUAUCUCAAAAAGAAACUAAGAAGAUUCGUUUAAUUUUCCCACUUUAUAACCUUAAUGACUCAUUCUUUGAAAAUCUUUGGUGCACGUUACUUGGAGAUGAAUCAAAAGGUUCCUUAUGCCAUCAUUUGAAGACCAUGAAGAUGAUUGAUUAUAUGUACGUCUUCAUACAAUCAUUAUCAAAAGAAAAUAAGGUUUUAACAAUUGAUUUUGACUAUAAACCUUUAUUUGAAUUGAAUUUAGUGAUUCAACUCAUCGAAACUUUUAUCAAUCAAGUGCUUAGUAUGGAGAAAGAAUCAAUGAAUGAAAUGUUAUCUGAAUGCUCAAGAGUUUUCAAAUAUCAAGCAUAUUAUUCUUCAAAUGAUCCAUCUGGAUCAAUGGAUGAAGUAUCAAACUAUGCUUCAUUGCUUCAACAAAAUCCCAAUUACAAUUUUGAGAAUCUAAUUAUUGGAGAGUCUUUCAAUUAUAAUGGUGAUGUAGAUCAAUUUACGAGCAAAUCUAUAGAGAUAAUGAAGAUCAGUAAUGCAAAUGUAAUAAUAUUAGCUGAAACACCACCAAAAGGCUCGAAUAUCCUGGUCAAUGAAAUGUUGAAAGAUCCAUACUAUAAUAUAGAUUAUCAAAUUUACGAUUUACAAUAUUCACCAAUUGAACUAAAUAUCCCAAAAUUCCGAAUUUGUGAACAGAAUAAAUUUAUACAAUUAACACAUCAUGAACUAGAUGUCAAAAUAAACGAAUCAAUAACAUUCAAAAAAUUAUAUGCAGAUGAAGCAAAUGAUCCACUACCUAAAUUAUUAGAUUACUCAAAAUAUCAUGAAAUAUGGCAUUCUACAUCAAAUUCAUUAUAUAUAACAUUAACAUUUCAAAUAUCAUUUGCAAAUAUUUCAAAUACCGUAGAAAAUUUAAUAAAUUUUGAAUUAAUUAUUGAAUAUUUAGGUUUUUUUUUAAAAAUUGAAUUUUAUCAAGGUGAAUCUGCUUUAUUUUCAUGGGGUUUAUUUGCAAAUUUUAUUAGUUCAAAUACUUUAUCAAUUGAAAUUUGUGGUCCACAAACUGGUUUCAUUGAAUUUACUAAAAUUUUUAUUAAAAAAAUUGAAAAUUUAAUAAGUAAUUUCAAAUUAGAUUAUAAAGAUUUUGUUAAAUUAAAAUCAAAUAUUCGAAAUAAUUAUGAAGAAUUAGAAAAUGGAGAAACUAAUAAAAAAGUUUUAGCUGGAUCAACAUUAAUAUUGGAAUAUGAUAUAAAAACAAUUCAAGAAAGAUUAGAAGUUUUAGAAAUCAUUGAUAAAUCAGAUUUAGCUUCAAUUUGUCAAAAAAUAAUUGAUGAUUGUAAACAUACAGAUAUAUUAAUUACAGGAGGAGAUAAAAAUUUAGCUUUUAAAAUUUGUAAAAUUAUUAAUAUAUUGACUCAUCAUGAACGAAUUUAUUUAAAUCAAAAUUAUUUUGAAUUUGGAUCUAGUCUUUUCUUAAGACCAGGUAGAAAUUAUGAUGUGAUUCAAAUGAAUACAAAUUUAAAAGAUCAAAAUGAUGUUGUUUAUCAUUAUAUUCAAUUAUGUGGUCGAAAUGAUGCAGAAAGAAAAUAUGUUGAAUUUUUUGUGUAUUUAUUGGAUCAAAUUGUAAGGUAUCAAUUACGUACUAGCAAACAAUUAGGAUAUUUAGUACUAAGUGGUUUGAGAAUCAAUAAAAGUACAAUUGGAUUAUAUAUCUUAGUUAAUUCAUCAUCAUACACUUAUAAUGAGAUAAUGAAAGAGAUUGAUAAUUUAAUUUUUGAAUUUGAAUUAAGACUUUUGAAUAUGACAAAAGAACAAUUUGCAGAACAAAUCGAAUUAUUUGCUGCAAAAGAUAAUUCUUGUGAAGAAGGUAUUCCUUCGAAUAUUGCAGUGGGAACAAAGCCUGGAAAAUGUAGCGAUAAUAGGUGUGAGAACAUUGUACAUCAAACAUAUCUAGAAAGUAUUUUAACCAAAAAUUAUGAUUUCCAAAAGCCUGGAGACAACAUAGUGUCCUUUGAAUAUGAAGAUAUGAUGGAAUUUUUCAGAAAAGUUGUAUCAAUAAAAUCGAGAUCAAGAUCAUCAUUAUCGAUAUUUAUCUCCUCAAAAAUUGGAAAAGACAAAAGGAAGCAUGAUGAAAGUAAGGAAAUGAUAGAAAGUUUGUUACUUGAAAAAAAUUAUUAUUUAAGUUCAUUACAAUUGAGAACAUUAUUAUUUGAAUGUGAAAAUGAUAUUGGUUUGGUAAUAAAAAGAUUAAAAAAUUCUGGAUACAAACUAUCUGUCAAAGAUUCAGGUAAAAUUUCAAAACUUUUAGUGCAUUUAAUUAAAUUUCAACAACAUUCAGAUGAAUCAAAAGAAGUAGAAAAUUUGCAAUUACAAGCAGUUAAAAAGAAUGGACAAAUUUAUAAAAACAAUAAAUUGGUAAUACCUCAUACUGAACUCAACAACAUAUCUGAAUUACAAGAUGAGUCAGUUGUUAAGUUAUCAAAUGAUUAUCUAAGUAAAUUACAUGAAUUAUUCGAAGAUGAAGAUGAUUAUUUCGAUGAUUAUAAUUGA